AUGGUGCUCGCGGAGCCCCGGAUUGGCACGGAACGGCAGGCCGGCCGAACUCUGGCCUGUCUGGUCCUCUGCGUCUUUGCCAACGGCCCUCCGGGGUCGCCGCUCGUAUGAACGAUCAAUUGGCCUGCUUUUCGUGAGGGCCGAGCCUGUGGGUCGUGUCACACGACAGGCUAUCUGUCCUCUCUCCCUUUCUCAUCAGCUUCAUCUCUUUGAUUGAAAGCUUUCUGGAAUAACAUUAAACAAAGAUUCCGUGUGAAAAAAACCUUUUUGAUGACCGUUAGCACAUGAAAAAAACUGAUAUUGCAAUAAAAUUCUUCAAGAUAUUAUCAAAUUUUUUUCAGACUUCCGAUUUUUCAUCUAUUUGACUGGAAGGAAUAAUUUUUUUGUUGGGUUGUAUCGGUGGAUUCUACACUUUUUUUAUUCCCAGAGUUUUUAAAAUAAAUAUUUGUUCUGAGUAAUUCGCAUAACAAAUCAAUUUUUAGUCAGUUUUUCCUUAACAAUCUUUUUAUUUUUUUCAAUUUUUCUCUUUGAGAAUUUUUAUCCCAUGGAUAUUGAGUAUUUUUUUGGUAUCAAAGGGAAUUGAAAAUAAACACUUUUUUGAUCUAACCGAAAAAUGCAUAACGUCUGUGAAACUUGUGAAGUUGAAUAAUUUUUUUGUCUUUUUUUCUUUUUCAUUAUUAUUUUAUACUAAUUUCUUUUUGAACAAUUUAUUGUGUCUCGAUAUGUCCCAAAAAAAUGGUUUUCAAAUAUUGAACGGAGUUUUUUUAUCAAUGGUUUUUUUGAUUUUUUUGUUUUUUUCUGAAAAAAACCUCAUUGAUAAUAUUUCAAAAAAAUUAUUUUUAUACAAAAUCGAAUUGACGACCUUUUUUUAAACAUUAGGAAACAUUUCGUAAUUUCACUUUUUUUCAUAUUUUUUUGUUUUUUUGAUAUUUGUAUGAAAUCUCAACUACAUUUUUUUACGUUUCAGAAAAAAAGUUCCGUUAAAUUAGCGUGAAAGUUUUUUAUUUGAAAAAAAUAUAAUCUUUUUAAUUCUCCUACUUAUAGAUCACUGUUUCAUUGAAGGAAAAUUUGAAACAGAAAAAACUCUAUCAAAUGGCAUCCACUUCAGCCCAAGUAACCUCUAGCGCCAGCCUUUUUUUCUUCUCGUUUUGCGUUUGCGCAUUCCACUCGAGAAAUUUUUUUAUUGAGAGCCUCCUAGAAAAAUUAAAUCUGCGAACAACGCUUUGCCCUUUGACAGAAAGCACUUUUUUUGAAUUUUCAAUCAAAAUAUUUUUUGGCUAGGGAGAAAGUUUUUCGGGGGAUCGGUGCAUAUAACUGAGCUGACUUUUUGAAACAGAAUAAAUUGUUUUUUUUUGUUUGUUUCAUGCAUGUGAAAAUCUGAAAAAAAUCCAGUUAAUAAGUUCAAUAAUGCUUAACUAAAAUUCAGAAAACUUUUUUUGUUGUUUCAAAUUGAAAUCAUCCAAAACAUAAAUUUUUCAAUUUUCCCAACGGUCUCCAUUGUUCCGCAAUUUGAACGGUGAAAAUCUCUGUCGGAUUUUUAUGGCCGAAUUAUUUUCCGUCUCUGACUUCUGUGUGAAAGUUCACACGGCCGGUAAUUCAAACACAUUUUGUUCGAUUUCUGAUGAGGGUAUCGGUAGUUUCAGACACAUUUUGUACCAUAACUAGACAGGAGGCCCUCAUGGCACGAUUUUUCUCCUUUCAAAUGAAACUGGGUCAAAAAAAAUUUGCUCAUCGAAUAAAUUUAAUGACCAAAUCAAUUCAUCAAUUCUUUAUCAUUAAAAAGUUUCUUGAGGUAGAAAGAAGUUUUUUUAAACUUUUUCUCACUUUUGUCUUAAGAGAAAACUGUGAAAAAGAAUAAUUUUUUUGGCCUCACAACAGGCAUUUUUCAUUUUUCUGUUCCAAUAACAAUUUUUUUCGGGGAGUAAAGAUUUAUUGUAGACUAGUUUAAGAGAUCAAAUCGAAAUUGCAAUGCCAAUUUGAAAAGUCAAUCGAAAUUUUCCGGGAAUGAAAAAGGAGUUCAGUAGUCAAAAAAAUGAGUAACCUAGGGUUUUUUUAUGAAUUAAUUGAAUCAAGACAAAUGUUUACAGUUACUCAGAGAUGAUGAAUGAGUUUCUUGACAUUACUGAACUACAGGCGCAAAACAAAGGGGCUAAAAUUUUGUAACAUGAUUUUUCCCUAACUUGAGGUGAAUAAAAUACAAAUUCAAUAAGUUUCGAGAGACCCGGUUGGCGCCAAUUCAAACGUCGAGGUUAGGAGAUUCAUGAGCGGUUGAUGUAGAUGAUUUGAGAGUGAUUGACACUGAAAGCCGGGCUGAAAGGCGCCAGCGACUUCCGCUUCGGAGGCCGCGUUCUUUCGUUGUCCCCAGCAAAACCGACGCGUGUGCAGAGCGGAACAAGUUUCUUAGUUUCUGGCUAUGCCUCCGCGCACUCCGUGUAUUGAUCGAUGCGAUUAUCCAGCCGACGCUCUUGAAUUCCUUGCCAAAUGGUUGAGAAAAUAAGCCGCCGUCGGCCUUCUACUGGUGUCCAGCUAAUUAUUUGCACUCUUUUCUUUGCGCUGUUUUUGAUUUUUCCAUGAAAAAAACCUCAAAAACUCCCGCUUUUUUUAGUCUUGCUUCCACUUGGUCGCCGUUCCGACCGAAAGCUAAUGAAUUCCUUGCCAAAUGGUUGAGAAAAUAAGCCGCCGAUCUCAAUGAGUAUUUUGAGAGGGCCGGUUGCGGUAGCUUUCAGACAUCUUCUAUUCCUAUCGCUCCAGCUUUUCAGGGGCUCAAAAUUAAAUAAAAAGGAAGAAAUAGGGUUUCUGUUUAUAUAUUCUUCAUGACGUUAGCCAAUUAUUCCCGACAAGGCACUUUUUAACUGGUUCUUUACGCUCAAAAAAAUGCAGUAUAUAACCGCAUUGGAAAAUUUCUUGAAAAAUGGACCCACAAGGUAUUUUUUUACAGUUCGUUUUUGAAGUCACCCUGAUGCUUUCUAGUCGCUUCUUCUUUGGGUUGAUUGUGCCCUUUAUCAAUUUUUAUUUCUGUCCCUUUAGGCGUGAAAUUUCAGAUUUGACAUGAACACUUGAGCUCUUUUCAAAGUCAUAGAUGAAAAUUUGGUGCAAUUAUUUGUGUAGAGCAAUUAAAAAAAAACAUGGUCUGUUUUUUUAAAAGUAAUCAACAGAAACUGCAACUGAUGCUUUUUUUAGAUAGAAGGUGAGGCCAAAAAUGCUUCACUUUUAGAUGGCUGUGGCUUUGCAUUUGUGAACACUUGUUUCUCCGACACUUAUAAAAAUGGUAGCAGAGUGAAGGAUACUGGACCGGGCCAUAGUAGUCAAUAAUCGGUUUCUGUUUCAGGACAGCCAUUUUCGGUCGGCCUCGUGCUCUGUGCGGUGAUAAGAGCUGACGGCCUUUUUCAGCAUUAUAGUCAAGCGGUUAUUGUUUUUUCGGAUUGCGUGACCUUGGUCCAAACCGACCGCAGCUGCGUUCUCAAUGGAAUUCUCUCCUUUGUCGAGCUCUCCAACCAUCCUCUUUUCGCAUAUUUACGCCCGUAGUUGCGAUUCCAAUCGAUUUCGGAAUCCAUAUAGUUCCUCUUCAACAAAAAGUCUCUGUUCCUUUUUUCACUCCUAAACUUUUUAAUUGAGGAAAUACAGUGUAACAGAAAUGUUGAAAAUUUAGAUAAUAAAAAAAUGUCGCAAUAGAAACCAUUUUUUUCUGACUUCCAUUGUGAAAAUCUUGUAAAUGAAAUCGAAUUUGGUUAAGUGAAAAAAAUCCAAAAAAACAUUUGCUUAUUGUCAAAAUUUUGAAUGUAUAAGAUGCUGUCAAUUUUUUUUAAAAUUUUGUUUAUUUUUGAUCACUUUUUCCAUUUUUCAAUUUAAAAAUUCAAAAAGAAAAAAACUUUAAAAAAAUAUUCAAACUAAAUAAAACUCUCAGAAAUUCUAUUAAAACAUUCAAAGGAAAAAAAUAGCAUAAUUUGAUUUUUUUGCCUAGUAGUUAAAUGAAAUUUUUUUAAUGUUUUGUUGAGUCGUUGAAAAAAAUAAUAUAAAAAUAAAACUACCUUUUAGAAAAAAAUAAAUUUUUCUCAAAAAGUGUGAUUGAAAAAAAUUAAAAAAACUUUUUGUAAAUUAUAUUUGAAGAAAACUUUCAGUGUGAAGAAAACGAAAAAAAGAAAAAAAUGAAUUCGAAAUGGACUUGCAAUAGAAAAGUUUCCGUUUUGAUCUUUUUCUAUGCGACCGCGCGAUCUUUCGGCGGCACCGAUUGCGGCAAAAAGGCGCGAACAAAAAAAUCUCGCCCAAGUCGCUCUUCGCCUUCUCCCAUUCAUUCCUUCCUUCUGCACUCGCAAUGGUCCCGGUCCCUCUUCUUCUUCUUAUUACUCCGACCAUCGUCUUUCUGCAGAUUUUCAUUGCUUUCUCCACCUCUCCCACAAAUUGAAUUCGAUCAAUUGAUUACUCCCACUCCCUUGUUUUACCUUCUUAAAAACAAGUUUUUAUCGAAAUCAGCUUAUUAACUCUUUUUUUCUUGCUUACUAUCUUUUUUCACACGUACUUUGUUUUCCGCGUUCCCAUGGUUUUACCCGAUUGAGGCGUCGUCUAUGAGGUCGCUUAGCAACCUCUUUUUCACGCGUUAAAAUGAAAAGUUGAAUUUCAGGUCCCCAACAUGUCGAUUUCGACGAUACGCCGCCAAGUUAAAAAUGUCGCUUACAACUUUUCCGAUGCUCAAGUGAAAGUACGCGAGGCUACAAGGUUUACUUUAUUUGAUGGUUAUGUUGUGAUGAGCAAAUUUUGAGAAGGGAAGUGUUUAUCCAAAGGAAAAGUUAUGAAUCGAAAGUUUUGGGCGUAAACGCAAAAACUGAAAUAACCAAAUUUAUAACUUUUAGCAAUGAUCCAUGGGGACCAUCAACGGCGCUCAUGUCAGAGAUUGCCGAUCUCACCAAUAAUCCGAUGGCUUUCACGGAGAUCAUGUCAAUACUUUGGAAACGAUUAAAUGACUCUGGCAAGAACUGGCGCCAUGUCUACAAAAGUCUCGUCCUUCUCGAUUUUCUCAUCAAAUGCGGAAACGAAAAGGUAAGCUGUUCUUUUGUUUCAGACUAAAAAAUUUCAAAUUUGAUUCAGGUUGCUCAGCAAUGUAGAGAGAACAUCUUCACUAUCGAGACUUUGAAAGACUUUCAACACGUUGAAGAUAACAGGGACCAGGUGAGUAGUUUCGCUUUCGGAUGGCUUACUAAAUAUUGAAUAGAAAAAAAAAAGUUCGUUCAGGGCCUUAACAUUCGCGAAAAAGCCAAGCAAAUCACCACCCUUCUGUCGGAUGAUGAGCGGUUGAAGAACGAACGAACACGCUUUAUGCUGACGCGAAAUAAGUUCAAGAACAACACGGGCGCCGUCGGAGCUGAAACUUCGUCAUCAUCCAGAAGACGUCAACAUAUAGACGCUGCUCUUGGUUAGUUGGUGAUAAUCGGUAAUGACGACGAAUAUCGAUUCAGAUCCUGACUUUGAAGACGCUCGGCCGUCUUCUGCUACAGAAGAGGAGAUGCAACUGCAGAUUGCUUUGGCUCUUUCUCGCGAAGAACACGAGAAACAAGAUGAGAUGCGCAAGGGCGACGAAGUUCGGCUACAGGUAUUCAAUCAAUUCUUGCUUGAUCAAACUGCUAUUUCACUCUAUUUCGAAUUUUUAUUUUCAGCUUGCUCUGGAAGAAUCGAAGAAGGAAGCCGAGCGAAUGGCCAACACAGUUCAAGGCACUGUUAACAGUGGUCAACUCACGCAAAGUGCUCUCGAUGAUCUUCUCUCUCUCGGUGUUGGCGAGGUACUACUAAAAAAAUGCAAUAUACAUAGGUUAUCAGUGAAGAAAUACGAGAAAAAAACAGUUACUCAUUGAAAAAUUCCUUCAAACAGGAAUUAUCAUCAUAUACGUGAGAACCCUGCAAAAACGUUCUCAUAGUGCGUAGCACACAAAAAUAGCGAAACUCGUUGGAAAGUUCAGUUGUGUAAUUUGGGAUAAGUACAAUCAAAUGAAGAUUCGGAAUUCCCUGAAAGAAUUAUAACAAUACGAAAAAUAAUGAAAUAAACGAAAAAGUUCAUUUUUGAACUUAAUACAUACUCUUUCAAAAUUGAAAAAUUUUUUGGACAUGUGAAUAUCUUAGAAAAGUAAAAAUAAGAGAAAAAAUCUGAAAAUAGGACGCCACAGCCGUUAAAAACAUGGAAAAUGCAAAAUAAUAAUCCAAAGGUUGCAAAAAUAUAUUUAAAGUAAAACCAGCAGGUUACCUCUUCUUUUGUCACGGUUGAAUAUAUUUUUCAUUAUUGCAGCUCGUGACUACAGGUGGAGAGCAACCGUCCUCAUCUGCUUGGGGCGGAUCCUCUUUGGUGGAUCCUUGGGGAAUGCCACAAGCUGCUCCUAGUCAAGCUCAAGCACAGCUCUACCCUCAGAGUACUUUUCCUGUCUUUUACCGUUAGGUAAUAAAUGAAUUCACAGAUCAAAUCAACGAUCCAUGGGGAUCGGUCCAAGCGCCACAGCCUCCGCAGCCUGCGCAGCCGGUGAAUCACGAUCUUUUCGCUGCUUGGGAUGAGACUCCAACUAACACUUCUCCACCGGCCUACAACCUCGUGAAUGUUGACGUGAGUUCAAAUAAAAAAAAAACAAAGUUUCCGUUCCGUGGAUCACACUCAAAUUUUUUCAGCUUCUGGCUCCAACGACGUCUGGACCAAAUAAUGGAGUGACGACAAACGGCAGUGCUACCACAAAUGGAAAUGGAACUAACGUAACGAUGCGAAAAACUCCUGAGAAUUUCCUCGGGGAAAACAGCAGCCUCGUGAACUUGGACAACUUGCUUGGUACUUCACAGACAAAUUCAAACUGUGAGUGCUAAAGAUGAAAUUCCAAAAAAUUCCAGUGAAAAUAAUUCUUUGAAAUUUUCAGAGAAAUGGGUUGACAAUAUACCCAAAAAUUCCUUGAAAGAAUAUAGUUUGGGGAUCGAUUGGGCAUAGUUUGAAUUUCCAAAUAUGCGGUCCCGAAACGGAUUUUCUCCAAAUUCAACUUCAUGCGUUCUUCAGAGCUUGAACUUCAAAUUUGUAAAAAAAAUAUGAUUAAGAUUAAUAUCGGUGACGAAAUAUAAAAAUCUUGUUCUUUUUUUUAUGAAGCUAGAAAUCUGAAGUCCCUUAUUGUAAUUCAGUUAUUGAAAAAAAAACAUUACAGCGGGCAAUCCGUUCCUGUCCUCGAACACGAACACUUCGGUCAACUUGUUCACGGCUCAACAACGCAAGUCGCCCACUCUGAACGAGAUGCGGGCCGCCCAAGGCCAGGCUCCUCCAAUUCCUCAGAUGGGACCUCGUGGAGCUCUGCCGCAGCCGAUCGCCGGCUCAGCCAACCCUUUCGCCAACCCGUUCUGA